CGUUGAGGCGCGGGCGGGCGGCUGGGCUGCCUCUCCGGCCUCGCUCGGCGCGGUCUGUGACAACAGGCAGUCGCGGCGCCCGCAGGACGCUCCGGAGCCCCCGGGGCUAUGACCUGCCUCCCUGGCUUCCUCAGCGGCGGCUCUCCUUGCGCCGCCCUCCGCGCCCUGUUCAAAUCCUCGCGGCGGCGCCAGCAUCCUCACCAUCCUCAGCGGCGCUUCGCCUCAGCGCCCAAGCUCCCUCUCCUCGCCUCUGCCGGGCUCCCCGCGCCUGCCUCGUUGGCGUUGGCGUCGGCGGGCCCCGGGCCCUCGGCGCUGUCGUCGCCCUCGCCACGGCGGCGCCUCUGCGCGGCUGCCUCCUCGGAGCUCCCCUCCUCGAAAGCCGGCGGCGGCGGGUUCCCCCCCUCCCGGGUGGUGGUGGUGGCCAAGACGACCCGCUAUGAGUUCGAGCAGCAGCGGUACCGCUUCGCCGGGCUCUCCGAGGAGGACCUCAAGCAGCUGCUUGCAUUAAAGGGAUCGAAUUACAGCGGGCUACUUGAGCGACAUCAUAUUCAUAUUAAAAAUGUGGAGCAUGUUGUAGAUAGUUUAAGGAAUGAGAAGAUUGAGGUGCGUCUUGUGAAACGCAGAGAAUAUAAUGAAGAAACCGUUCGGUGGGCUGAUGCUAUUAUAGCAGCAGGAGGUGAUGGCACAAUGCUGUUGGCAGCCAGUAAGGUGCUGGACCGAUUAAAACCAGUUAUUGGAGUAAACACAGACCCAGACAGAUCUGAAGGCCAUUUGUGUUUGCCUGUACGCUAUACACAUUCAUUUCCAGAUGCUCUACAGAAGCUCUACUGUGGUGAAUUCAGAUGGCAGUGGCGGCAGCGAAUCCGGUUGCACCUUGAAGGGACAGGUAUUAACCCUGUCCCUGUUGACUUGCACGAACAGCAGUUUAGUCAAGAGCAGCAUAGCAGGGCCCAUGUUAACGAAAGAUUUCAGGAUCAAAACUUGUACGUGCCUGAUGUGGGGCUGUGUUCUGUCUUAUUCAGGGUGAACUAUAAGUCCUGCAAACCCAGUUUUAAAUUCUCCCUUCAUAGGGCCUCUUAUUAUGAAAUAUCAGUUGAUGAUGGUCCAUGGGAGAAACAGAAGAGCUCAGGUCUCAACAUAUGCACUGGAACUGGAUCAAAAGCCUGGUCUUUUAAUAUCAACAAGGUAGCAAAUCAGGCUGUGGAAGAAAUCCUUAAGAUUGCUAAAAAGUACGAGAGCUUAAAUCUUCCAUUGAACAAGGAACUAAUACAAAAAGUGACAGAUGAAUAUAAUGAAUCACUGCUGUAUGAUCCAGAGGAACCCAAGAUGUUUUUCAGCAUACGAGAGCCUAUUUCAAAUCGUGUUUUUUCAAGUAGUCGGCAGCGGGGGUUUGCUUCAAAGGUGUGUGUCCGCUCUCGUUGUUGGGAUGCCUGUAUGGUUGUAGAUGGAGGAACUUCUUUUGAGUUUAAUGACGGAGCAAUAGCAUCUAUAUUGAUCAAUACAGAUGAUGCACUGUGUACUGUUCUGCUGCAAGAAUGAAGUGCAUUGGAAGCAUUCAAGCCUCGGAAUGCACAGAAGGAAUGCCUGGACAACAAAUUGGAAUGCUGCAAUUGUUUCAGAUGCGGAACUUGUUUUUCUCUGUAGGC